AUGCCCGACACGCGGCCGGACUGGUUCCGCGCCAAGGCGCCCAGGGGCGACGGCUCGCGCUACGCCGAGCUGCGCGAAUCCCUGGCGGGUCUGAAGUUGAACACGGUCUGCGACGAGGCGUCGUGCCCCAACGUCGGCGAGUGCUGGGAGGGCGGCACGGCGACGAUCAUGCUGUUAGGCGACACGUGCACGCGCGGGUGCAAGUUCUGCGACGUCAAGACGGACGCGAAGCCGCCGCCGCCCGACGAGCUGGAACCGUUGUCGGCGGCGGCGGCGGUGACGUCCUGGGGCGUCGACUACAUCGUGAUGACGUCCGUCGACCGCGACGAUCUGCCGGACGGCGGCGCGGGCCACUUCGCGCGGACCGUGAAGCUCCUCAAGGAGAUGCAGCCGGAGCUGCUCGUGGAGUGCCUCGUGUCCGACUUCGCGGGAGAUUUGGCGCCCGUGGACCUGCUGGCGACGUCGGGCCUCGACGUCUACGCGCACAACGUCGAGACCGUCGACCGGCUCCAGCGCUACGUCCGGGACCGCCGCGCGACGUACGCGCAGUCGCUCCGCGCGCUGGAGCGCGCCAAGGUCGCGGCGCUCGCCGGCGCGCCCCAUCCCGUGCUCACGAAGACGUCGCUCAUGCUCGGGCUCGGCGAGACGCGGGACGAGCUGCGGACGGCGAUGGGCGACCUGCGGAGCCACGGCGUCGACGUCGUCACCUUCGGGCAAUACCUGCGCCCCAGCGAGCGCCACCUGAGCGUCGUCGACUACGUGCGGCCCGAGGUCUUCGACGAGCUCAAGGACGAGGCGGAGCGCGACUUCGGCUUCGAGUACUGCGCGUCCGGCCCGAUGGUGCGAUCGUCCUACAAGGCCGGCGAGUUCUACCUCGCGAACCUCCUCAAGAAGCGCGCGGCGGACCCGGCCUACGCGCUCCAGGUCGCGGAGCCGCUGACGAACUAA